GUUGAGGACUGGACAGCAACCACUAGAGUACUAUUAGAUCACAGUCCAGGAUCCAAACAGAUGAUCCGCGAGAUGUGUGUGCUGUGUUAUUAGUAGUAUAGGCAAAUCAUUAGGCACCGGACGAAAGUAAAGUCCAGUUAGUAGGGUCCAUUUCGGCACGGCUACGAGCUCCUAGUUUUAGCAGCUUGUGAGGGGGCUCAUGUGGAGUGAGAGCGAUGCCGCACGGAUUUAGCUGGAUAAUUAUACACACGUUGACAUCAGGAGCAGGAGGAAGAGACUGUGAGGUUGUCUUUGCCUGUGUUGUGUUUUCUGGUCGCCGGAGCUGGCCUGGCUCGGUUUGGGUUUAUCUGCGCGAGAUUUGUCUUGUUUUGGUGCAGGUAUGGCCCAACGGAUCACGGGAUGGCCGUUCCGUUCGAUUGCCUGCUCGGCUUGAAGUUGGGCAAAAGAAGAAAAAAAAUGCUGCUCUGCCCUCGUUUAGAAACUACUUUGUUGUGUGGGAGUAGUAAAAACGGAUUGAGCAAAGAAGUGUCCGAAUUUUAGAGAGCAAACACGUUAGCAGAAAUUACUCUUUCAAGCCUUUGAAUUUAUUUUUAUUUUGACUGUAUAUAUGGACAGAACAGUAUCACCCGUAAGAAUAACGUAGCGGAAAAAACUAAAAAUAAUAAUAACAUCAUAGCUUUUCUUUUAAAUAGCAUCCUAUCUCAAAAUGAGUAUUUGGCGAAAAGAAUGCCAAUGCCCCAGCUAAAAUUCUGCAACGCUUCCAGAGUUCCACGUCUACUCUUUUUUUAAGUUUUUAUUUAGGGGCACUUUUUUUUUUGAGGGGCACUUUUUUCUUAAAGUCGAAGUUCCAGGUCUACUUAAGAUAGGCCCAUUACGAGUGGCCGUAUCAGGCUGGCAAUGGACUUAGAAUGAGGCCGCAGACCAUCAAGCCAGGUCUGCCACCAAAACCGUGCAAGAAAUCCAUACCGUGGGAAGAAACUAUAGACGUGCAGAAACAAAUUUUCUUUUCUUUUUGCGGGGAGUGCAGACACAAUCUUUAUUCCAUUUCAUUAAUGACGAUCGCAGGUUCUGUGAGCACUAAAAAUACUGUAGAUAAACAAUGCAAUGAUUGGGCUGCAUUUCUAUAUAAGAAGGAAAUAUGAUAAGCACCGCCUAAGUGAAUGGAAUCCCACUAUUUCGCUGGUCAAACAAAGAGAAUGGGCUGCCACUUACGUGAUACACCGAUGCAGCUGUCUCUCCAGCAGGUACAGGGUAUUCGACAUCUGCGAGGCUCCCACGUCUACAGUUCAGAGCCUAUCGGUAGAAGAACAAAUCGUCUUUAAUCUUUCUUCUUAGACUAAUAACACUAUACUCUUCUUGAAGAAAUGGCCAAGAACCUGGGUGGCACAAUUCCUGGAACAAUAUCGAUGCGCACGACAAGGAACAAAACCAGUGAAAACGUUCUUCUGGGCAUGAUUGAUGGGAGGUUAAUUCGUUUGAUGCCAGGACUGACAGCCUGGAUAUAUAUAUUCUCAUAAUAGUUCCGCAUGAUUUCUGAAAUCAAACCAAAUUCAAGGAAGGCGAAGGUAGUAAAAAAACCAUAAUACAACGUACGGCACGGCCAUGCUGUCUUAGAACAAUGGUGGGACAUGGGACUUCUCAGCAGAUAAUUCUCCUUCAAAGUUACAAUUCCAUUAGGAACAGCUGUGCUGCCAACCUAGCCUGUUUGUUAAAAGCGUUUAUUUGAGCUGUACAAGUAAUCAAACCCAUUGGCUUGUUAACAUCCAACUGUUACUUCGCCCACUAGUUUAAUAUCCUACAUCAAGCCCACCAGCGAAAGAUAUCUUCAGAUAAAGAUGUAAGACCUCGGAGAUCGAAUUGAAUAACCACUAAGAUUCAGCGAUCUCAAUAUAUAGAUAUGAUACCUGCACAGUUCUGCUUGACUGAUUCUUGUCUAGCUGCGGUGCUUUGCAGCGAUUGUGUUGGUCGGCCUGCUUCCUGUCAAAGCACAGUAAGGCAUCCACCUGUCAUUUCUGUGGAGGAGCUCCAGAAAGAAAUGCAGAUAUACUAAUAAGUUGCUCAUUCGGCAUGAUUUUUAAAACGCGGACUGACUGAUUCUCAGCUGGACGUGCAUCCAACCAACAUCUUCUCUGUUACGAACCAAUGCAUCCCCUCCCAAAAAAAAAUACCAAUAAAAGACUACUUCAUUCAUCCCUGCGUCCUUUCCCUCUCUUCAAUCCAAAAGAGCACUUCCCUCCUCGCAUGAGAGGCCACCAAUAGCUCUUGCUGCAAGCCGGUGCUUCUGAUGCCAGCAUUGGCAAUUUUGGCCAGAAGCAUGGCUGAGUGCAAGAGAGUGCCCAUGUUCUUGAUCCUCUUCAUCCUUUCCAUUACUAGUGUAGCCACCACCAAUGCAAUUGCAUCAAAAGUAGAUCGGUUCGUGCCUCAAGACAACUACCUCCUAAGCUGCGGGGCAUCAGCUGCUGUGCAGGUUGACGAUGGCAGGACAUUCCGCUCUGAUCCUGAGUCGGUAUCGUUUCUGUCAACCCCGACGGACAUCAAGAUCGCCGCUAAAGCAUCCCUGGCUUCUGCUUCACCAUUAUCCCCACUUUACCUUGAUGCAAGAGUAUUCUCUGAUAUCUCAACCUAUAGCUUCUUCAUCUCCCAGCCUGGUCGCCAUUGGAUCCGGCUCUACUUCUUACCUAUCACCGAUAGCCAAUACAACCUCACCACGGCAACAUUUUCCGUGUCCACUGAUAGCAUGGUCCUUCUCCAUGAUUUCUCCUUCAUAGCCAGUCCUCCAAACCCUGUGUUUAGGGAAUAUCUUGUGUCAGCACAGGGAGACAACUUAAAGAUCAUCUUUACCCCAAAGAAAAACUCGAUAGCAUUCAUCAAUGCUAUCGAGGUCGUCUCAGCCCCACCAAGCCUUAUUCCAAAUACCACCACCAGAAUGGGUCCUCAGGACCAGUUUGACAUAUCUAACAGUGCAUUGCAGGUUGUCUACCGGCUGAACAUGGGUGGUGCACUGGUUACAUCGUUUAAUGACACACUAGGCAGAACCUGGCAGCCAGAUGCACCUUUUCUGAAGCUUGAGGCAGCAGCAGAGGCAGCUUGGGUUCCUCCUAGAACCAUCAAGUACCCUGAUGACAAGACUCUCACACCCCUCAUCGCUCCAGCAAGCAUCUACUCAACAGCACAGCAGAUGGCCUCAACAAAUAUCACAAAUGCAAGAUUCAACAUAACAUGGCAAAUGGCUGCAGAGCCGGGAUUCAGGUACCUUAUCCGCCUACAUUUCAGCGACAUUGUCAGCAAGACACUCAAUAGCCUCUACUUCAAUGUCUAUAUUAAUGGCAUGAUGGCUGUUGCCAACCUUGAUCUAUCGAGCCUGACAAUGGGGCUUGCAGUAGCCUACUACAAGGACUUGAUUGCUGAGUCUUCCAGCAUCAUCAAUUCCACCCUUGUAGUCCAGGUUGGCCCAAACACAAUCGACUCCGGCGACCCCAAUGCCAUCCUUAAUGGCCUUGAGAUCAUGAAGAUAAGCAAUGAAGCAAACAGCUUAGAUGGCCUUUUUUCACCAAAAACAAGCUCAGAAGUUAGUAAGACGACACUGACUGGCAUAGCAUUUGCUUUGGCAGCAACAGCUGCAUUGGCUGUAGUUAUAUGCUACAGGCGAAACCGUAAACCAGCAUGGCAGAGGACAAACAGCUUCCAUUCUUGGUUUCUUCCACUGAACUCGUCCUCAAGCUUCAUGAGCAGUUGCAGCAGGCUCUCCAGAAAUCGCUUUGGCUCCACAAGGACCAAGAGUGGAUUUUCGAGCGUGUUUGCAUCCAGUGCUUAUGGAUUGGGGCGCUAUUUCACCUUCGUCGAAAUUCAGAAAGCCACGAAAAACUUUGAAGAAAAGGGUGUUAUUGGUGUUGGUGGCUUCGGAAAAGUUUAUCUUGGUGCUACUGAAGAUGGCACACAGCUGGCUAUCAAGCGAGGCAAUCCAUCAUCUGAUCAAGGUAUGAAUGAGUUUCUGACUGAAAUUCAAAUGUUAUCAAAACUUCGCCACCGCCACCUGGUUUCACUCAUUGGCUGUUGUGAUGAGAACAACGAGAUGAUAUUAGUUUAUGAGUUCAUGUCAAAUGGUCCACUAAGGGAUCAUCUGUAUGGUGACACAAACAUCAAGCCUAUUUCUUGGAAGCAGCGCCUUGAAGUUUGCAUUGGGGCAGCAAAGGGUCUGCAUUAUCUUCAUACAGGUUCAGCUCAGGGCAUAAUUCACCGUGAUGUCAAGACUACCAACAUCCUACUUGAUGAAAAUUUUGUCGCCAAGGUCGCUGAUUUUGGCCUAUCAAAAGAUGCUCCAUCCCUCGAACAAACUCAUGUGAGCACUGCUGUCAAAGGAAGCUUUGGGUAUCUUGAUCCAGAGUACUUCAGACGUCAACAGCUGACAGAUAAGUCUGAUGUAUACUCUUUUGGUGUGGUACUCUUUGAAGUGCUGUGUGCAAGACCAGCCAUCAAUCCAGCCCUUCCAAGAGACCAAGUGAAUCUGGGAGAGUGGGCCCGUACAUGGCACCGCAAGGGGGAGCUUGGUAAAAUAAUUGAUCCCAAUAUAGCAGGACAGAUCAGGCCUGAUUCACUUGAGAUGUUUGCUGAGGCUGCUGAGAAAUGCCUUGCUGACUAUGGAGUUGACCGGCCAACAAUGGGAGACGUGCUAUGGAAACUUGAAUUUGCCUUGCAACUUCAAGAGAAGGGUGAUGUUGUUGACGGCGCCAGUGAUGGGAUCGCAAUGAAGAGCUUGGAGGUGACCAAUGUGGAUAGCAUGGAGAAAUCUGGUAAUGCUAUCCCAUCUUAUGUACAAGGAAGAUGAAGAUACCAUGGUGUUAUCACAGUAUGUAAGGGUAUUAAGGAGGUACUGUAAUAUCUUGUCUGAUCCCAUGCAGACAUCUCUACUACUUUAGUAGAAGGGAUUUUGCCUUGAUAUAUAUGGUACAGGAAGAAUUUGUGAUAGGCUCCUAACAGCAGAAAAUGCAUUUUUUGUAUUUUUGUUACUUGAGCAUCCAGCCAUUGUGUGUUAUGAUAAAGGAUGUAUGUUUUAUGCAAUUAGGGGACAUUGUAAGACGGUUUGUAAAUUAAACCAUGCCAUCAUAUUCUGCUAAUCCUGAUUAUUAUUUGAUGCUUGGAGGUAAGGUAAUUCCAUCAUCAGCUGAAUGUAAGUAAUAUUGUCAGAUCAUUCCAACGUAGAAAAUGUUACCGAGUAGAAUGGCUAGGUGAAAAGAGUAGAAAUUGCACCACACAGCUACCUAUAUCAGCAUACAAGCAUCUUAAGAUGUCCCCUUGUACCACCCAAAUGCAAACAACUAUAGCAUCAUACUCUUUUUAGGUUCAACUUGGAACCAUGGUGACAUGGUGUUAUGUUGCAUUAUGCUGUGCAGGAAGCCAGUUAGGAAGUUGUAGCUUGUAAAGCCAGUUAUGAACAGUCAACGAUGGCCGCAUCCAAGAACGAUAUUGCAACAUCAAUUUUCUGAGUGCACAAUAGUGCCAAACAGCCGUUACUUCCACAUUCAUGUAAUAGUUACUUAGUUAACUGCAAUUGAACACUACCAGACAGCUAGGGAAUAGCAUUACUUUAAAUACCUCGAGAAAAAUAAGAACAGCACCUACAUUCGGUGCUCUUCUUUACCCAUUAGCAUAAAUUGUUUCUGUUCAGUAUCAUAAGCCCUCAAUAACUGCUUCAAUACAGCUUGGGGAAGUUCAACACCCACAAACUUAUAAGUCAGUACAUGGCAUGGUAAUUGGAACAUGCUCCCUUCGUCCCAAAAUUCUUGCCUUAAAUUUGUCUAGAUACGGAUGUAUCUAGUCACGUUUUAGUGUUAGAUACAUCCGUAUCUAGACA